AUGGCGGUGUGGGAGCAACAAUCCGCCGUCUGCCUCAGUCUGGAGGUAUUCGUGGCGGAGGCCCACCCCUCUCCCCCGUCCAACUGGCAUAAAAGGGUGAGACGUCUCCUGAAGGUUCGACCUCGGGGCAGGGGAUUCCAGUACCUGGUUGACUGGGACGGUUAUGGCUCACAGGAGACGUGCUGGGUCUCCUCUAGGAACAACCUGGACCCAGGCCUCAUCUCUGAAUUUCAAAGCCGGGACCCCGCUCAACCAGGUAUGCGCCCAGAUGGCAACACCACCAUCCUGACGGUGGUUGACAGGUUCUCCAAGGCCGCCCAUUUCAUCCCUCUUCCUAAGUUACCUUCAGCCAAGGAGACAGCCCAGCUCAUGGUGCAGCACGUCUUCCGAAUCCAUGGACUCCCAGCCGACAUUGUCUCAGAUCGGGGUCCUCAGUUUUCAUCCCGAUUCUGGAAGGCGUUCUGCCCAUCCCUCCCCCCUGUCAUCGACGGCCAGCCAGCGUAUAUGGUGAGACGCCUCCUGAGGGUUCGACCACGUGGCAGGGGUUUCCAGUACCUGGUUGACUGGGAUGGUUAUGACCCGGAGGAGAGGUGCUGGGUUCCUGCUAAAGACAUCCUGGACCCGUCCCUCAUCGCCGAUUUUCACUGCCGACACCCCGGUCAGCCAGGCGAGGCUCUGCAGUGCUAUGGCUGUAACAUCCUCCAGGGCCAGAGGUACGUGGACGUGGGCUGCUCCAGCCCAGAGGUCAUCACUUGCUCCCAUUCCCACAAAGGCUUCAAGCACCGCUUCUGCAUUAGGACAAAGAGCAGUGCCCUGGGCAUCGUGCUGACCAGUGGUUGUGCCACGUCUCGACACUGCCAACAACAGGAGCUACCUGGGGUGCUGAUCCACUGCUGCGGCUCAGACCUCUGCAACAGCACCCCCGACUGGAGCAGAACGACAUCACACUGGCUGUGUACAUCAACCUUGUUCCUGUCCUCCCUCUCUCUCACAGACCCCUCCGGUCAGCUGUCCUCACCAUCGCUCAGCUCACAACACGCCCAUAGGGGAAUGGGUGCUCACCCCUUGCACCCAUCUCUGCUCAUCCCGUCCUCUGUGAGCUCCUCAGGCCCUCCACACUCACCAAUCUGCACGCUGAGCUCACCCAUCACCAGCCUGGCUUUGCCCUUUUCUGUCAGCAGCCGUCCAGCGGGACACCACUCUACCUCCUCCAGCAUGGGCAUCAGCCCGCAGCUCAGCUUCCCAGUGAUCUCCAGUGGCAGCAGCAUUAUCAGCACAGAGGACAUCAAACCCCCACUGGGCCCAAACAGAGUGCUAAAGGUUCCUGCUCAGCCCACAUGCACCUGUCUCUCCCUUAACAAACACAUCUGUGCCAUCUGUGGAGACCGCGCCUCAGGUAAACACUAUGGAGUAUAUAGCUGUGAAGGUUGCAAGGGCUUCUUCAAGAGAACAGUGAGGAAAGAGCUGAUGUAUACCUGUCGAGACAACAAGGACUGUCUGAUUGACAAGCGCCAACGCAACCGAUGUCAGUACUGCCGCUACCAGAAGUGUCUGGCCAUGGGCAUGAAGAGAGAAGCUGUGCAGGAUGAGCGCCAGAGAGCUAAGGAGAGGCGCGAGAGUGAGGCGGACUCGUUAGGUUGUGCUAAUGAGGACAUGUCUGUGGAGAGGAUAGAGGAGGCAGAGCUCGCCGUGGAGCCAAAGACCAAGACAUACAUCAAGGGGAGCCUGGGCGUGCCCACCAACUCACCCAAUGACCCUGUGACCAAUAUAUGCCAGGCAACAGACAAGCAGCUAUUUACCUUGGUGGAGUGGGCCAAGAUGAUCCCCCACUUCUCAGAGCUGGCCCUGGACGACCAGGUCAUCCUCCUAAGAGCAGGGUGGAAUGAGCUCCUCAUAGCUUCUUUCUCCCAUCGCUCCAUCACUGUGAACGACAGCAUUCUGCUGGCAAACGGACUCCAAGUGCAUCGCAACAGCGCCCACAGUGCAGGGGUGGGGGCCAUCUUUGACAGAGUGCUGACUGAGCUGGUGUCUAAAAUGCGAGACAUGCAGAUGGACAAGUCUGAGUUAGGGUGCCUUCGAGCCAUCGUUCUCUUCAACCCAGACUCCAAAGGCUUGUCAAACCCAGGGGAGGUUGAGACUCUCAGAGAAGGGGUGUAUGCUUCACUGGAGGCAUACUGUAAACACAAAUACCCCGACCAACCAGGAAGAUUUGCCAAACUGUUACUUCGAUUGCCAGCCCUACGUUCCAUUGGCCUCAAGUUUCUGGAGCACCUGUUCUUCUUCAAACUGAUAGGGGAUACACCCGUUGACACAUUCCUCACGGAAAUGUUGGAAGCUCCACACCAAAUGACGAAACAGCACUGCAGUUAA